AUGGACAACAAGUCAGACUCGAUCAUCAAAACCUCUCCUACAGCUUUACGUAGUUUAGUAUGGGAAGGAUCCAUUCCAUUCUGUUUUUCAUUAGAAACGAGCGAAUUACCAUCAGGUUCAGAUCGUGGAGUUGAAGCUUUCUACGUUGGUGAGCUAGCCGUACCUCGAUUAUCUUACCUUUCACUGAUCGUUCCUACUGUUAAAUCAAAUCUUAUCUGUCUGGUUCUCGAUCAAGGAGGUCUAUUUUCACUUAAGGAUGAAAACAUCUGGUUCGAACAUCUAGAAAGUCAUACACCUUUGAAAUGGCAUUGGCCCGUUGGCUUGAUAUACGAUACACUGGUUGCUUCUCUUCCGUCUUCUUCAAUUACAUUACCAUUACAGGUCACUGUUCACCUCGCCCCCCCACCUCUUGAAAAGCUCCUUUUACCUAACACCAUUGAAGUUUGUCGGGAUGCGUUCAUGAGUCAGGUCAAAGAGGCUGAUUUUGUAAGAUGGGGCAGUACGAGGAGAGUGACUAAUUUAAGACAACGAGAAGCAGAAUCACUAUGGGAAGGAGUAUCACAACACGAUUUUGAUAAGUUUUGGUCGGUAGCUAGUAAACUUAUUCCUACACCACCACCUCGACAUUCCCCUACCUCUGCACCUCUCAUUCCAUCACAGUCUGCUAAUUCAACGAUGGAUAGGAUGCCAGAUGGGAAUGGUGUAAGGAAUGUACCCAUCAGGGUCUAUCUUCCUCAUGGUGGACCUGUGAUGCAAGAUCACUCUUCUCCAAUUGACAAUCAGGGUCGACCUGCUACUCUGGGAACAACACUUGUGAAUUUGAUCCCACUUCUCUUUCCUGGUUCACAAUCAAAUUCGAAACAUAGGCUUGCACGUGCCUUUGUACAAGGGAUUCAUAUACCACUUGAAACUGAACUGGGAUGGCUUGGAACAGUGAUGUGUAGUGCAGAUGGUUGGGUAUCAGUAGUGAUCCAUCUAGGACGCACAAUAUCACCUGGUGCUCAGUAUCAAGAGUAUCCAGCUAGUGGUAUUACCAAGACUGGGAUUAGUGAAUUGUUGAGUGAUGCAUCACAACUUAUUCAUAAUGAUCACCAUUUGAACCAGUGCCAAGGGCAAAGCAGCAAAAUCAGGGUUCUUGCUCUCCAAAAUCAUGAUGGAGUACAAACACUACAAGCUCAGGUCCAAUUAUCUAUUGGUGCAAUUUGA